CACUAGUGAAAGUUUGCAAAUAAAGUUAAAUAGCAAAAGCAAACAAAUAUGAGGUUACGCUUCUUUUAUAUAUUUAUCACAAGACUUGUGAAUUGCGAUGACCAAAAACAUGACGAAGACAAAAAUGGGUUUGAAGUCACCAAAUAUCGCUGCAUUUGUGUUACCAAUGCUUCUUAUACUUUUCACUAUUUCCUCUCAAGUUGAAGUUGUGGAGUGUACAGGCCGCAAACUUUCGUGGGGGUUUAACGGAGCACCUAUCGUAUAUACCCCACCCUCAAGUUCAUGUGGAGGUUCUCCGGCAGCAACAAUGGCUUCCGAGUGGAUGCCAAACCGACCUUGCAGACGUAGCCGUCCUCCCGGAACUAAUAUCCCUGUUUCUCAAUCUCCUUAAUACUCACCUAAUACUUCGAGUUUGUGUGUCUUUGUGUCAGGAUUUUCAAGUUAUAUCCUCCUAUAAUAAAGUGUCUUUGGUUUUCUGUUUUAGUUUCUUGUCUCAAGUGUAAACCAAUGUUUGUCACAUACUAUGAACUUAUGAAGGAACUAAAACUUAUGGGUCGAUGGUCAGUUAUUAAUGUUAUUAUCAGUUUAUCAUGAUAUAAAAGUGGCCAGCUUACGACUAAA